AUGACUUCGAUUCCGCUACAUCUUGAUGAUCUUGACGACGAAAAUCCCUGGGAUAUUGGCGUUGAUCUCUUCAAUGUCUUCAACGACCUUAUUCAACCCUCAGCCUCGCAACUCUCUGUUCACGAAGCUGCUGAGAAAAUCAACAUGCUUCACCCAGACAACGAACAAGAGGACGGUUUGUAUCGCGAAGCUGCAAUAUCGUUCACUCUGGAGAUGGACGAUAUGCAUGUCAAGCUUGCAUCGCAGAUCCUCUAUCAAAGACCCGAGAUGGAUAAAUUGGUUGAUCUAUUUUUUGACUCGAAAGCUGCCUUUGUUCAAAGGGAGCGGAUUGGUACAAAACUGACAGGAGGUGUUGUAGAAUACAAUGCACGGGCUAUGAUAGCCCAAAAUGAUCAACCCCAAGAUUGCGUCAAAUAUCGAAAUCUAUCGAGUUUUCUCGCACGAUUAGCGAAAGCUGGGUUUGAGGACAGCAACAUGCUAUAUGCAUUCAUUGCCUUGCACGAAGCAAUGGAGUUUGAAUUUGAAGCUUCUAAUGUAUUCCAUGUGGUUGAAAGCGAAUAUCUGGUACCAAUAGCAGCAGAAUGGAUCAUUAAGGCUGGUGAAUUGAUAUCAUUGAAUGGAGGAACCGUGGGAGGGUAUGCUAGGAAAAGAGGACAGUUGUGGAAGGGCGAGCCUACGCUGUGUUUAAAGCGGUGGCAAUUUUGGACGUCAAGAUUUGAACUUUUUGCUAGUUGUGAGGCGUUGACGGAGGAGACUAGGAACGCAGCAAAAGAGGCAGCGGAAAAGAUGAGAUGUAUUAAAGAACUUAAAUAUGGGGCUGAGGACGUUUAA